AUGUUGUUAUUCUUCUCUGUCACCCCUCAGCAUUGGCUGAAUGUACCCGAGGCGUUCGCGUGCGACAGGCAUCGCAAUGAAGAGCUUCCCCACACGGAACAGUGUGUAAUGAAAUGGCGGAUACGAGCACGUAUGCGCACCGUCUGCGUGGGACUGAUUGUGGCCUUGAAUAUAGGGGUUGAUCCACCGGACAUAUUGAAGACCGAUCCGUGCGCACGCAUGGAGGCGUGGAUAGAUAUCAACACAUCACCGUCCCAGAAGACCCUAGAGCAUAUUGGCAACCAGCUACAAGAGCAAUAUAGUCGCAUGUAUGCGCGCGCUCGCUUCAAGCAGACUCUAGAUCCCACCACGGAAGAGGUGAAGAAGAUGUGCAUGCAACUGCGGCGCGCCGCAAAAGAUGAACGCGUGCUUAUACAUUAUAAUGGGCAUGGUGUUCCUAUGCCUACGGACUGUGGAGAGAUAUGGGUGUUCAACAAGAACUUCACGCAAUACAUUCCCCUGUCGCUGUACGACCUUCAAUCGUUCAUCACGAGUCCAUCCAUCUUCGUGUGGGACUGCUCGAAUGCCGGGCAGAUAGUGAAAUCGUACGAUACAUUUGCGCGACAGCGAAGGCAGGACUACGAGGCUCAGCAAAAGUCGAGAGUCAACACCGGACACCCGCCGCCCACACUGAUCAAGGACUACAUACACUUGGCCGCGUGCAGUGCCGGUGAGAUAUUGCCCAUGGAUCCCAGCUUACCGGCUGAUCUGUUCACGGCGUGCCUGACGACGCCUAUUGAGGUGGCUUUUCAGUGUGUGUCUCUGGGGUACUACAAGCGGCAGGUGGUGCACACGGACACGAGCGUGCUGGAUAGUAUACCCGGCAAAAUGACCGACAGGAAAACGAUGAAGGGCGAGCUCUUCUGGAUCUUCACCGCUAUUACCGACACAAUCGCAUGGAAUGUGCUACCGCGCGAUCUUUUCCAGAAGCUUUUCCGUCAGGACUUGCUGGUUGCGGCCUUGUUCCGCAACUUUCUCUUGGCCGAACGCGUUCUCACGGGCGUCAAUUGCACACCCGUCUCGUACCCGUCUCUACCCCCGACACACCAGCACCCCAUGUGGCAACACUGGGACGUGAGUGUGGAUAUAGCGAUCAGCAGCACGAAAAGUGGCGCAGACAGCAGCGGACAGAACAGUCCACACUUCCCGUUCUUCACCAAUCAGCUCAAGGCAUUCGAGGUUUGGCUCGAGCUUGGGUCUCAG